AUGCGCUUCUUCACCCUCGCAGUCGCUAUCUUCGCAACCAGCGCCCUCGCUGCCCCAGCCCCAGCUGCCAUCAACCCCGACUGGAUGGGAGGCAUUCUGAACAUCUUCAACAGACCCCACGGCAAGAACAGCGUUGAAGCUAGUGUUAGCCCGAGUGCCAGCGCUGCUAGUUCCAGUGUCGCUUUGGUUCCUACUUCCAGUCCCACUGUCGGCACCAUUGUCCCGCUGUAA